UGACGUCACAGGCCGGCGCCGCGGCCAGCAGCACAGUGACGCGUGUGUGUGUGUGUGUGUGUGUGUGUGUGUGAGAGAGAACACGCUUUAAGAAGAAGAAGAAGAAGAAGAAGAGAAGACAUGAAGAUCAGACACGUCCGACACAAGCUCCACCAGGAGGCGGUGAAGAUGGAGAGGCCGCCGGCCGCCUCCUCCUCCUCCUCCUGCUGCUCCUCUGCUCCUCCUGCUCCUCCUCUGCUGGAGGAGCUGCAGAGGAGCGACUCCUGCUCACACGUCACACAGCCUCUGGGAGAGAUCUGCUUCCCCUCUGGGAUCUUUGCUGGAACCAAGAUCACCCGGGAGGCCCUGGUCCAAACACUGAAGCUUGAGGAGCCUCCGGACGCCCCUCCACCGGCUCCGAAGGGCCCAGAGGAGAAGAAAGUCAAGUCAAAGAAAGAGAAGAUGAAGGAGAGACGGGACAGAUGGCUGAACAAGAUCAGCUCCAUCAAACUGGCCAAGGAGCAGCAGGCGGCCGAGGCCCGGCGGCAGCACACGCCCGUGGUGGGCGACAUGAGGCCGCUGGCCGACGCCCUGCCGGAGCUCUGUCAGCUCGUCGCCCCCGACGCCGGCGCCGCCUCAGCCCCCGCCGCUCGCCGCAAGAGCAGGAAAAACAAAGUGCCGGUGAAGAGGCCCGAGCCGACGGACUUCAGUCAGAUGAAACACUCACAGAAACGCAAACUCAUGGAAACGGAGACCAGCCGGUUUAGCAACGCAGUUAAGACCCUCUCGGCCAAGAUGAACCCUCUGGCUGAUAUCGGUGAGCAGCUGAGGAAGAGGAUGAAGCAGGAGGAAGAGCAAGGUCCCAGCUAACGGCAGCAGUGACGCGCUUCCACGUACGUUAACUCAACAAAUCCCCAGGGAAACCCCAAACCCGGGAACAUUCUGGAUUUAAAAGGAGGAAGAACCCGAUACCCGGGGACCCCCGUCACACCUCUGAACCCCGGACUGAAGGAUGCUGCUUACGGCUCCACCACGAAGAUGAAGAGAAGCAGCAGAAAAGGUGGUGUUUGUAAAUGCUGACUGUAAAGAACAUCCUCUCAGUUUGAUUAUCCAGGUUUCCUCUUCAGUAAUAAAUCACAGUA